AUGUGCUGGGAUGGGAGGUGCUGGAAUGGGGAUGGCAAGGAUGGGCGGUGGUGGGAUGGGGAGUGCUGGGAGGGGGGGGGGGGUGCUGGGAUGGUGAGUGCUGGGAUGGUGAGUGAUGGGAUGGUGAGUGAUGGGAGGGUGAGUGCUGGGAUGGUGAGUGCUGGGAUGGUGAGUGCUGGGAUGGUGAGUGAUGGGAUGGUGAGUGAUGGGAUGGUGAGUGCUGGGAUGGUGAGUGAUGGGAUGGUGAUGAUAGGGAUGGUGAGUGCUGGGAUGGUGAGUGAUGGGAUGGUGAGUGAUGGGAUGGUGAGUGCUGGGAUGGUGAGUGCUGGGAUGGUGAGUGCUGGGAUGGUGAGUGAUGGGAUGGUGAGUGAUGGGAGGGUGAGUGCUGGGAUGGUGAGUGCUGGGAUGGUGAGUGCUGGGAUGGUGAGUGAUGGGAUGGUGAGUGAUGGGAUGGUGAGUGCUGGGAUGGUGAGUGAUGGGAUGGUGAGUGAUGGGAUGGUGAGUGCUGGGAUGGUGAGUGCUGGGAUGGUGAGUGCUGGGAUGGUGAGUGCUGGGAUGGUGAGUGAUAGGGAUGGUGAGUGCUGGGAUGUGAUAGGGAUGGUGAGUGCUGGGAUGGUGAGUGCUGGGAUGGUGAGUGAUAGGGAUGGUGAGUGCAUGGUGAGUGCUGGGAUGGUGAGUGCUGGGAUGGUGAGUGCUGGGAUGGUGAGUGCUGGGAUGGUGAGUGCUGGGAUGGUGAGUGCUGGGAUGGUAAGUGCUGGGAUGGUGAGUGCUGGGAUGGUAAGUGCUGGGAUGGAAAGCCUGUCAUCUGUGGAGCUACUCAACAACGUUCGCACACCCGCACAACAGCAGUGGGUUAGAGACGAGGCAGCUGGAGUCGCUGCCGGAGCGGAUGACAAUCCGCUGAAGUUGUACUCAACGUUCGACAUCGACGUUGGAUCAUUGCCGUGGGGAAAUCCUUUUCUCGCUGUCAUGGCGGACAUCAUGCACCAGGCAGACCUGGGGAUGCUGGACCACAUCGUGGUGUUGAUCUUUUUGGUGGCUGACGUUGUCGGCUCGCCCCAGCUGGAGGCCAUCAGAGCAUACCUUGACUGCAACGUGGCCACCGACCAAGGCGUGCAAACGGCUAUGCAAAAGGUAGGUGCUGUGAGGGGAGGCGCUGAGAUGGUGAGUGCGAUGAGGGGAGGUGCUGAGAUGGUGAGUGCGGUGAGGGGAGGUGCCGAGAUGGUGAGUGAUGUGAGGGGAGGUGCUGAGAUGGUGAGUGCUGUGAGGGGAGGCGCUGAGAUGGUGAGUGCUGUGAGGGGAGGUGCUGAGAUGGUGAGUGCUGUGAGGGGAGGUGCUGAGAUGGUGAGUGCUGUGAGGGGAGGCACUGAGAUGGUGAGUGCUGUGAGGGGAGGUGCUGAGAUGGUGAGUGCUGUGAGGGGAGGUGCUGAGAUGGUGAGUGCUGUGAGAGGAGGUGCUGAGAUGGUGAGUGCUGUGAGGGGAGGCGCUGAGAUGGUGAGUGCUGUGUGGGGAGGUGCUGAGAUGGUGAGUGCUGUGAGGGGAGGCGCUGAGAUGGUGAGUGCUGUGAGGGGAGGUGCUGAGAUGGUGAGUGCUGUGAGGGGAGGUGCUGAGAUGGUGAGUGCUGUGAGGGGAGGCACUGAGAUGGUGAGUGCUGUGAGGGGAGGUGCUGAGAUGGUGAGUGCUGUGAGGGGAGGUGCUGAGAUGGUGAGUUCUGUGAGAGGAGGUGCUGAGAUGGUGAGUGCUGUGAGGGGAGGCGCUGAGAUGGUGAGUGCUGUGUGGGGAGGUGCUGAGAUGGUGAGUGCCGUGAGGGGAGGUGCUGAGAUGGUGAGUGCUGUGAGGGGAGGCACUGAGAUGGUGAGUGCUGUGAGGGGAGGUGCUGAGAUGGUGAGUGCUGUGAGGGGAGGUGCUGAGAUGGUGAGUGCUGUGAGGGGAGGUGCUGAGAUGGUGAGUGCUGUGAGGGGAGGUGCUGAGAUGGUGAGUGCGGUGAGGGGAGGUGCUGAGAUAGUGAGUGCUGUGAGGGGAGGUGCUGAGAUAGUGAGUGCUGUGAGGGGAGGUGCUGAGAUGGUGAGUGCUGUGAGGGGAGGUGCUGAGAUGGUGAGUGCUGUGAGGGGAGGUGCUGAGAUGGUGAGUGCUGUGAGGGGAGGUGCUGAGAUGGUGAGUGCUGUGAGGGGAGGUGCUGAGAUGGUGAGUGCUGUGAGGGGAGGUGCUGAGAUGGUGAGUGCUGUGAGAGGAGGUGCUGAGAUGGUGAGUGCUGUGAGGGGAGGCGCUGAGAUGGUGAGUGCUGUGUGGGGAGGUGCUGAGAUGGUGAGUGCCGUGAGGGGAGGUGCUGAGAUGGUGAGUGCUGUGAGGGGAGGCACUGAGAUGGUGAGUGCUGUGAGGGGAGGUGCUGAGAUGGUGAGUGCUGUGAGGGGAGGUGCUGAGAUGGUGAGUGCUGUGAGGGGAGGUGCUGAGAUGGUGAGUGCUGUGAGGGGAGGUGCUGAGAUGGUGAGUGCUGUGAGGGGAGGUGCUGAGAUGGUGAGUGCUGUGAGGGGAGGCGCUGAGAUGGUGAGUGCUGUGAGGGGAGGUGCUGAGAUGGUGAGUGCUGUGAGGGGAGGUGCUGAGAUGGUGAGUGCUGUGAGAGGAGGUGCUGAGAUGGUGAGUGCUGUGAGGGGAGGUGCUGAGAUGGUGAGUGCUGUGAGGGGAGGUGCUGAGAUGGUGAGUGCUGUGAGGGGAGGUGCUGAGAUGGUGAGUGCUGUGAGGGGAGGCACUGAGAUGGUGAGUGCUGUGAGGGGAGGUGCUGAGAUGGUGAGUGCUGUGAGGGGAGGUGCUGAGAUGGUGAGUGCGGUGAGGGGAGGUGCUGAGAUGGUGAGUGCUGUGAGGGGAGGUGCUGAGAUGGUGAGUGCUGUGAGGGGAGGUGCUGAGAUGGUGAGUGCUGUGAGGGGAGGUGCUGAGAUGGUGAGUGCUGUGAGGGGAGGCGCUGAGAUGGUGAGUUCUGUGAGGGGAGGUGCUGAGAUGGUGAGUGCUGUGAGGGGAGGUGCUGAGAUGGUGAGUGCUGUGAGGGGAGGUGCUGAGAUGGUGAGUGCUGUGAGGGGAGGUGCUGAGAUGGUGAGUGCUGUGAGGGGAGGUGCUGAGAUGGUGAGUGCUGUGAGGGGAGGCGCUGAGAUGGUGAGUGCUGUGAGGGAAGGUGCUGAGAUGGUGAGUGCUGUGAGGGGAGGUGCUGAGAUGGUGAGUGCUGUGAGGGGAGGUGCUGAGAUGGUGAGUGCUGUGAGGGGAGGCGCUGAGAUGGUGAGUGCUGUGAGGGGAGGUGCUGAGAUGGUGAGUGCUGUGAUGUGA